GGGUGCCGCAACAUCAACAACACACAGUCCAAAGAGGUGUAGAAGCAUAAGUGAGCAAGUAUGCGGUAUACAUUUACGUCUACGUCACUAUCUCCAGAGAGAUCAAGAUCUGGACUCGCGUGCAAUGAAUGUCGAAGUAGAAAGCGCAAAUGUGAUGGCGUCCAACCACAGUGCUCCAACUGCGUAGACUUUGGGUCACAAUGCGUUGUUGAUACAAAUAGGAGCGCCAGAGGUCCUAAGAAGGGCUAUCUGAAGGCUCUAGAAAAUAAAAUUGCCCUUCUGGAGAGCCAACUUCAGCAACAACAACAGCAGCCUUUUAUCCAAGAUGCCCAGAGCAGUUCAUCAGAAACACCUGAGAAGCCUCAAAAUAAAGAAUCCUCUGCCAGUCGAGACAUGCACAAUUCCGAACUCAUGCAAGCUGAGCUGAACCAGUUGUACUUUGACCGUGUUCAUCUGUUUGUCCCAAUAUUACACCAAAGAUCUUAUCUUCGUUGGGCAAACACUGCAGAGACCAAAACCCCUAGCCAAGGAUGCCUCCAGCACGCGAUGUGGACUCUGGCAGCCCUGUUAUCUGGGCAAUUUCAAUACCUACAAGAAUCUCUUUACCAAGAAACCAAGAGCAGAUUGGAUCUUUGGAGUACAUCUCGCAAGAAUAGCAAUAUUGACCAAUCUGAUGUCGAAAUGGCUCAGGCGACUGUCCUCAUGGCUCUGUAUGAGUCUAUGAAGGCCCACCAUUGGCAAGCCUGGAUGACUGCCGGUCGAGCCUUUCGCCUUGUCCAGCUAAUGAAAUUACACGAGCUAGACAGACCUGAAUCUAAAGAUGCACGAGAGCCUAAUUCUAUCGUGCAAGAAGAGAAACGCCGCGUAUUUUGGAUGGCGUACUUUCUCGACCACCUCAUUAGUAUGCGCAACGAUUGGCCAAUUACGCUCAAUGAACAUGUCAUAUGUACGCGACUUCCUGUUGCCGAGGCUGAUUUCCAAACUAGCCAGCCUACCGUCGGGCCCUUCUUGUCCGAAGCCAUGACUGAGAGCCGUCCGUGUGUUCUAUCGCCAUUAAACGAGUGCAUAAUAUUUGCCACGAUUUGCGGUAGGAGCCUUCUUCAGUACCAGCAGCACAGCAUUCGAUCUGUUUAUGGGGAUGAAAGCACAGACCAGCCAGACCAUCAGCAGUGGCUCAAUGGUAUCCUAGCUAGCCGCCUGCAGAUCCUCGGGGAGCACUACCCCGCGCCGGCAGAUACUGAUGAUACUAUGCUGCUAUUUGCUCACAUCAUGGCGCAGACGUCUAUUCUGUACCUAUGUCAAAGUGGGAUCUAUGGGCGCCCUGGGGCCAUGGUGCAGGACCGCCAGGACCCAGCCACCCUCGACAUGCUGAAGCCGGGACUGGAGGCUGCCACUAGAGUCGCUUCCAUGGCGGAGCUUCUAACCGAGUUUCAUGUAUUCAACAUUCAUCCACUGAUGCCCAUGCCGCUGUUUGUUAGCGUCGAGUUCCUGUACAACAACCGAGAGCGCGGUGAGUCAAUCAAGGCACAACUCGAAAGAUUUCUCGGAAUACUCGGGAAACUGAAAAACAUAAACGACCUGUCGAAAAGCUAUGUCCACCUGCUUGGCCUGACUUGCACAGCCGUGUCUUCACAGAUAGUGUCUGCUUGACUGCGUAUAUACGCGCUAUUAUUGAAAAACAAUGAGAAGCAAUUUUGAAAAUCAAGAAUAUUAAAAACAAUUCAAGAAUACUAGUUACACAAUCAUGUAAUAAUAUUGCGCUUCUGGAUAUUUUGUGUGGCGGUGAGAGAAGGCCCUUUCGCUACAACAAGCUUUUUUACACGCUUACUUAGCGAAGAAUAAAGGAUUGAGAUGGGUUAGGCAUUCUGUCAGAACGGUAGCGUCAAGCUGUCCCAAG